UCCGUGCAGUGGCGAAUAUCUUUGAAAAAACAUACUGACUCAUUUUCUUGUCGAUGAACGUGGUCGAUCUAAACCUGGAUCAUUCUCGUUUUCUAUUUUAUUUCUUCGCGACGGUGGCUAACCCUUGUCACGUGCCGCACUUUUUGCUGGCCUUAAGGUGAUACUCUUGAAACGAAUGAUCUCAACCACCACUCUUCAGACGGGGACAGGCCCCGAGGCACCGAUACCAGCCGAACAGGAUUGGUUGGAACACCUAUCAACGCCCAAUGAAGGCGCUACAAGCUCAAAUACCGAGACUGAACAACACCCACUUGGAAUUCGACCUGCUGGAAAUGCUCUGACAUCGCAACAAAAUGCGCAGGAUGGCAUGGGGUUCUUUGGCCAACUGCCAGAUGCUUUGCUGUUGCUGCUGCUGGAGUAUCUUGACCAGUCGGCCCUGACCAACCUGGGAUCAACAUGUCGAGGCCUGUACGCCUUUUCGGCCUUCGACCAAUUAUGGAGGGACAUCGCAAUCAACAAUAUGAGUGAGCACUUCUCAUGGCGUGGCAGUUGGCGAGCGUCUGUGAUGCGCCUUCCAACACCGGGCCCUGCAAAGGUAGAUUGUCGGUACCUGUUUUCUGAUGCUCUGCAUCGGCCCUUUCUAUGUUCGCAAGUUUCGCUUUCUCCUUAUGUUUCUGUUAUUCCAAAACACAACGAAAUUCCACGACUGAAAGAUCUGUCGCCGGCUGAAUUCAACGAUGCAUGGGUUGACAGACCUUUCAUCCUGACAGAACCUGUGAAAAGCUGGCAAGUAUACAAUGAGUGGAAUCAGGAAAAACUGCUUGCAAAACAUGGCGAUACGGUAUUUCGUGCUGAGGCAGUAGACUGGCCAUUUCAAAAGUAUAUGGCAUACAUGAACAACACUUGCGACGAGAGUCCCCUGUAUCUGUUCGAUAGGGCGUUUGUGGAAAAGAUGAACUUGGAUGUCGGUGCCCAGGGGGCGUACGCUCUCCCACAGGCAUUCCAGGAAGACUUGUUCACCCUGCUAGGAGACCAGAGACCUGAUCACAGAUGGCUGAUCAUCGGCCCGGAACGCAGUGGAAGCACGUUCCAUAAAGACCCGAAUGCCACCAGCGCAUGGAACGCAGUGAUUCGAGGCUCGAAAUAUUGGAUCAUGUUUCCCAACUCUGUUCUACCUCCAGGGGUCUACAUGAGUGAGGAUGAGAGUGAGGUGACAUCUCCACUAAGUAUUCCCGAGUGGUUGCUCUCUUUCCAUGCAGAAGCCAGGAGCACGCCCGGUUGUCUAGAAGCCAUUUGUCAGGAAGGAGAAGUCCUGCAUGUGCCCUCCGGUUGGUGGCAUCUCGUGGUCAACCUCGAUCCAGCAAUUGCCAUAACCCAGAACUUUGUACCUCGAGCGCAUCUCGGCGCGGCCGUUCGAUUCCUCAAGCACAAAGCCAAUCAAGUCUCCGGUUUCAGGGACACGAUAACGGACCCUUACGCACUGUUUAUGGACCGUCUGCGGCAAGCCCAUCCUGACAUGGCAGCUGUAUUCGAGGAGUCCGCGAGCAAAAAGAGGAAGUGGGAGGAAGUCGUGCAUGAUCCGGCCGAAGAGAACGUGAAGGGCGGAGGCUUCAGCUUCGGCUUCGGAAGUGACAUUGAGGAGGAGGAGGAGCCUUGAAAAACAUGGCGCCGCUACCUCAGUGGCAUGCCACAGAUUUGGUGGAUGUCAAACCCUGCCCAAACAGAAUAUAUCCAACAAAAGCUCCCACAGCAACGGCAAGCAUGACCCAACCAUUAUACGUCAUGAAAAGAAGCCUACCCAUG